AUGGCCUUUAUCUGCCUUCAGCCGAACCAAGAAUUUGAUAAGUCGUGGGAAAGGCGAACAGCGCGCUCGCAUUCUAGUCUCGCGGACCCGCUCCCCGGCAAGCACGUCCCGCUGGAGAGCUAUGAAAGCGAACUGGAGAGGGAACACGCGCUUCCCACGUCCGUCCCCAAUGCCGACAUACUCAAGACUAACAGCAACCCGACCUACCACAAGCCGAGGCCGCCGCAGCACCACGGAGCGGCGCUGCUGGCGGGCGUCGGCGGCGGCGCGGCGGUGCCAUCGUACGCGCCGCCCGGAAGGGCCUUCUUCACGCCGCCCCUGCCCCCCGAGUAUAGGAACCCAUUCGCCGAUAAGCCGACACUGCGAGGCACGAAUACAGAUGGUAACAACUAUCUCAACCGGCGUCCGAUUCCGCCGCCCUCGCUCGGGCCGGGCCACGACCGUAUACCCAUCAGACCGCCAGGACAGGAGACGUCUUCGCCACAAGUCCCGGCACCUCCCCCCGCGCCGCCCUCUCCGCCAACUAGCCUCGAGCCGCAGAAGAAAAAGCCACUCAACACCCCUAGUCAUAGGCCGGACGAGCUGGACGCGGACGCGAAGCACGGCCCCGACCAGGCCAACUUCACGGACUUCGUGCCCAACUCGCUGAACAUCCCGACCAUAUCGAGGAUCCUGUCCGGCUCCAACGGGCGGAAGGAGGACAUCCCGGACGUGCUGCUGCGGACCGUCACCGCCAGGCCCCAGCACGCCCCCGAAAAGACCUCCAGGGGGGACCUUUCCACUAAAGAGACGGGCGUGACCCUGAGCGACACCGCGCGGGACCCCUCCACCGAGGGCUCAGUGCUGGCGGUGCUCGACCCCGAGAUGAACAUCGACCGACCGCUGAUAGUCGAGCAGGGCGAAACGAACACGAGGAGGAACAUGCAGCACUCGACCAACCGCUCGGACGACCACGGCGCGGUCUACCCGCCGGCGACCACGGUCGGGUUCGAGCUGAAGGACCCAGAAAUGUCGACGGAGCGGUACCACAACCUGGCGAACGUCGACUCCGACAAGAAGGUGCUGAAGCAGGACUCGAAGGGCAACGGGCCGCUGCAGAGGCCUGGGGCCACGUGGCCGUUCGCAUGGAACGUCCACAUCUACUUGGCAACGGUGAUGUUCACCAUACUGGCCGUCUACUCGAUCUUCAAAAUCAUAUGCUACAACAAGUUCACCCACCUAUUCACCCAGUACUACUUCAUAGUUCUGCACCUGAUACUCGUAUUCGUGUGCCUGAUGAGGAUAUUCUACUUAUGCUACGACCCGUACAACAUAAACGUCUCGCUGCCCGUCUUCAUCAGCGAGAUCCUGCUCCACGUGCCGGAGAUAUUCCUCGCGAUUGCAUUCGCCAGCACCAUACUGUUCCUGAUGACGAACAGCGCCAACUACAGGAACAAGUGCUGCUCGUUCCUCUUCAGGUCGAGGACUAUCAUCGUGGGCGGGGGGGCGCUCCUGCUGACUUGCGUGGCGUUGCACAUCUUCGAGAACAGCAACACGAUACACAGGAGCUCGCAGGGCGCGGAGAGGAGGCUGUUGGGCUUGACCUGUCAGGUCAUCUUCAUAGUGGUGUGCCUAGUCCUCGGCCUGUGCUACCUCUACGUGUACAAAACCCUCAAGGCGGUGCUGCAGAAGAAGAGCCACAACUACAUCCACGGCUUCCAGAAUCUCUAUCAAGCGAUACACAUAAACCUGGCGACCGCGCUUCUCUUCGUACUGAUGGCCACCCUCCAGAUUUACGGCAUCGUCGGCAUCAACCAAGUGAGCAUGACGAAGUUCGACUGGCUGCAGUGGGGCUACCAGUUCUCGCUGCGGCUCAUCGAGAUCAGCGUCGUGGCGCUCAUCUCGUGGGUGAUAAGCCUCAAGAUCGGAAUCGUCGCGUCGCUGCAACACGAGAAGGCGGAUGGCCAGAAGAUAUCUGGCUUCUUCCCCUGCACGGCUGGCUCCAGCAACGAGCAGUUCGAGUCCGACUACCCGACGAUAUGCAACACCAACACGAACCUAAAGACGUACACGCUGAGGACCGGCAAGCCGGUAUACGAGACGGCGGGCCACCACCCCGCCGCGCCGGAGCAGUGCUUCGGCAACCCGAUGGACCACCAGCGCUUCCCGCUCAACACGCUAACGGGCAACUGCGACACCAACUCCGGCACGGAGAACUACUCGGGCCACAGCUCGAUCGCCAACGCGGGCCACAGCAGCUCCACCGAGUCGAGCAACGCGCCCACCAACCACCUGAUGAAGCAUCACCCCGCACUGGCGGGCUACAACGGAAUCGAGUCCGCGUCCGACGACCACUACUCGAACUGCGACCCCGCCCAGUCGCUGCACGGCGACGACCCGCUCGACCACGAGUACAACGUGAUCCAGUACGGCAGCGGCGGCGACUUCAGGGCCCACGGCCACACCGGCUCCGGCCGCAGCGCGCACAACUUCAAGCACAUGUCCUACGACCGCGUCUCGGCGCGCACGAACAGCAACCCGCGCAAGAAGCACCGCCCCAAGCCGAGGGGCAACUGCACGACCACCACCACGAUGGGCUUCGACCCCGCCCACCACUACCACCAGCCGCACGCGGACGAGUACCGGGGCCACUACGGCGCCGAAAGCGCGUCCUACCACUCGUCCGGAAUACAGACGCUGAGCGCGGGCAGGGGCCACGAGGGGGCGUGCCAGGGGCGCGGCUCGCAGCGGCGCCUCUCGCCGGGGGCGGGGGGCGCGCGGAGGGGCAAGGGGGCGCCCCCGCCCGAGCGGCCGAGCUCCACGGACCUGUACGGGUUCGUCGAGGGGCCCGAGGAGCGCGGCUACACGUGCGCGGCGGGCACCCCCCAGCCGGCGCCGCGGCGCUGCGCCUACGAGGCGGCCUACUCGCAGCCGCAGGACGAGGUGCCGCCCAGCGAGGGGGGCGGCAGCAUGCUGGUGGCCCAGGACGGCUUCGUCAGGUUCCGCCCCCUGGAGGACGCGCCGCCGCAGACC